AUGAGUGAAGUACCAACAAUUGAAUUUCUCAAAGGGAAAAUUUAUCUGGUUGUCAGUGAUGAGAAGCCCGAAGAUACAGAUGAAUUUGUUUAUUUUACUAUUGAGGAAUCCUUGCCAUACAAUAAUUUCAACUUGGAUUUUGGGCCAUUACAUGUUGGCCACUUGUAUAGGUUUGCAGUUGCACUACACAAGAUUUUAAAUGAGCCAAGAAACAAGAAUAAAUGUGUGGGUUUCUAUUCUUCCAAUGAUUCCAGACAAAGAACCAAUGCCGCAUGUAUACUUUGUUGUUAUAUGGUGUUGGUUCAAAAUUGGGCUCCUCAUCAAGUGUUACUGCCUAUCGCACAGAUUGAUCCUCCGUUCAUGCCGUUUAGAGAUGCUGGAUAUUCUCAUGCAGAUUUUGAGGUUACCAUUCAAGAUGUAGUAUAUGGAGUUUGGAGGGCUAAGGAAAGAAAUUUGUUAGACAUGAGGUCAUUUGAUUUAGAAGAGUACGAACAGUAUGAGAGAGUUGAUCAAGGCGAUUUGAACAUAUUAGCCAACGAUUUUAUUCCAUUUGCAUCUCCAAAGCAAUCACGACCAGGGGCUCCAUUGAAUACCGCUUUUAAAAGUGUCCUGGAGUUGUUCCUUGAAAAGAAUGUACAACUGGUAGUUCGUUUAAAUUCUCACUUGUAUGAUAAACGGGAGUUUACCAAAAGGGGAAUACAACAUGUAGAUAUGAUUUUUGAAGAUGGUACAUGUCCAACAAUGGAUUUUGUGCAAAAGUUUAUUGGCGCUAGUGAAACAGUGAUUAACAAAGGAGGUAAAGUUGCUGUCCAUUGUAAGGCAGGGUUGGGUAGAACCGGUUGCUUGAUAGGCGCUUAUCUUAUCUACACCCAUGGGUUUACGGCAAGUGAAUGUAUUGCUUAUAUGAGAAUGAUUAGGCCCGGCAUGGUUGUUGGACCUCAACAGCAUUGGCUAUAUUUACACCAAAAUGAAUUCAGAGAUUGGAGACAUACUAUGGUGUUAGAUACCAUUCCUGAUGAUUUUAUUGGGGGACUAUUCCCGUUAAUUUCAUAUGAAGAAUACAAAAAGAGGGAAGCAGAGAACGAAAAUGCUGGUAGUGAAGAUUCAAGUGACGAUCAAAUGAAUUUUAAAAAUGACCAAUUAAUCAGAACUCCUGUCCGUAGAAGAAAGGUAUCAUCUGGAUUGAAAAUUGUCCAUAAGGCAGUGCCAAAUGCUAGUCCAGGACAACCCAGGAAGUAUAGAUCUUUGGAUAAUCCUGUCCAGCCGUAUGCCAACUCUGACGAAGAAGAUGCUUACACUUCAACAAUAAAUCAGACAUGUAAUCAGAGUGCGAUAGAAGACAAAGAGAGCGAUGCUAGAUCUAACACUAGCUCUCCGUUUUACAAGAAAACGACUACAACUACGACUACUACCACUAUAGCUGCAACGGGAGUGACACCUGUUUCACCAAGUUCUUCUAGAGUUUAUGCUGAUUCUGGAACGCUGAAAAUAGGCAAGCAGAGAAAGUCUAUGGUCCACGUGACAAAACCAAAUGCACGUGUGGUAUCAUCUGAUAAGAUAAUUGGUGGCUCUGGUGUUAGGAAGAGUUCGUCAUCCUCCAAGAAAACUCUGAUUCAGAUGUAG